AAGAUUGUAUAUGUUGAAACUCGCAAAACCAAAAGUUUUACUUCGACCGCACUUCCCUCAACAUCCUAACCCUUCAGUAUCCAAAAUGCCCUCCUCCAUCUACGAUUUCCAGGUUAACGACUUGGAUCACAAGCCCUACAACCUUUUACAACACAAGGGGCACCCGCUUCUCAUUUACAAUGUCGCUAGUAGGUGCGGCUACUCAAACGGUGGGUACAAGACGUCGAUGGCGCUCUACACAAAGUACAAAAAUACGGGCUUCACGGUGCUGGCCUUUCCAUGCAACCAAUUCAAUGGACAGGAGCCUGGGACGGACGAGGAAAUCAAGGCUACCAUUUGCACAAAGUUCAAGGCCGAAUUCCCUAUUAUGGAGAAGGUCGAGGUCAACGGUAAAAACGAGCACCCGUUGUUCAAUUACCUCAAAGACGCGGCGAGAGGCAUUCUGAACUCGACUUCCAUAAAGUGGAACUUUACGUCGUUUUUAAUUGACCAUAACGGCGUUCCCGUAUAUCGGUUUUCUCCAGGGGCUACGGAAGAUGAGAUAGAAAAGAAGCUGAUACCGCUUUUGGAAAAGAAUUCCAAACCCACCUUUGAGUCCUCAGCUGGAAAUACCAAGAAUAACGAGUAAAAAAAGGAAUCAGAUAUUUGAGAUCUGAUGGCCCUGCGAGUGCUUUAUUUACAUUUCAAAAUGGACACAACUCCCUAUUGCAUUGCUUUUUAACAUAUAAAUUUAUCCAGGAAUAACCUUGAAAAAUAUUUACUAUGGAGAUGUGUCUAUAUUAUUAUCUAACUUACAUCUCUUACGUAUAUAUAUCUUAGAUAGUUUUUUCAGCUUUCAGGAUUGUAUGUAUUCUCGGAUAUAUUUUUAUAUAAGAAGAAGCGUAUUCAAGUGAAAUUACGCUAGUCUUGCCUUUAUGCCGCAUAAUUAUCAUUUUUUUAUUUUAUUUCCGAAUUCAAUGCAUUUUGAUUUUUUAUUGUUUUAUUGAUAUCAUAUUAGGAUCUUAAAUUUGUCUAUAUGCUUCUAA